UCGACUGGGGCGGCGGCUGAUGCUGGUCGUCGUCCGUCGAGGACUAGCGCUGCCGAAAAGCAUGCGACAUCAGCUGACCGGAAGCAAACGCGGGGGCGAGCUGCGAGCAGGAGCUCACCUGGCGACCUGUUGCUGCCUGCUGGGGAACGACGGCGACCUGCUGCUGUCUGCUGGGGAACGGCGGUGUCGGGAUGCUGCCUGCUGGUGCGGCCGACGGUGCACUCGAGAUGCCUGUCUCAGAUUGGAAUUGGAUCGAUGGAUGGACCGCGGACGCCCGCACGCCGAUUGGAUCUCCUCCUCCUUGGGCGGCUGCUAACUGGGUUGGGAUGGGACAGGAG